UUUCCCUGAACCUUGUUGCCUGUCUGUCUAUCUUCUUUCCUACAUAUGCAAAUAUGUAUAAAGUUGGUAGAUAAAUAAGUCUGUCGUUAUGUCAAUUCGUCUGAUUACUGCAUAUUAGAAUACAAUUGGAAAUAAUUGAUUCAAUUAUUUUUGCCUCUACAUGUAUUUGUAUACGAUAAACCCAGUGCCUUUAAUAAAAUAAUAAAGGAAAAAAAACUCGAGUAAAAAUAAAUUUUGAUUUGUUGCAAAUAAUCAUGAACAAAUUAAAUACUGGCGUUUCAUAUAACAGUGGCACGUCUUCGGAGACUAGCGAAACCCAAAGUGUUGAGGAAAAUCAACAAAGCGAUAGUGUUGCACCAAGUGGCACGAAUACGCCACCGAUACAAAAUUCUGGCAGUAGAAUACCCAAGAGUUGGAAACGUAUGAAGGAUUCAAGCCAAGAUAAAGAUGCCGAAUCAAAACGGCCACCAUGGAGGGCUGUUAGCAUUUCAACUUUGCCCAAACCGGAUAAAAAUGCCCUAUUAAGGGCAAAGCUCUUGGAUGCUUCUAGAAGACUAAGAGCUACUAAAACUGCAGUAGGUGUCCAAACUGAUAUUGUACCAACAAAAUUAAUGAAAGAAGUAAGCCUAGGAGCUCAAACGGACCUAAUAUUAUUAAAAGAAGUUGGUAUGCUUACAGAUGGAUCAUAUGCCAAACGGAGAGAUGGUACAGAGGAAUAUAUUUUAACUUAUUCGGUACCACUUAUGACCGAUACCAUUGAAACGGUCAAUGUGGCUACACAAACUUUAAUACCCCGACUACCGGGUGAUGCUUUUCUUGAAGCGUGCACCAAACCAACUGAACCAUAUGAACCGAAGUUAUUGCAGCAAUGUUCCGAUUCUGAAAGAAAAUUACUAAAUCAGCUGGCAAAAAUACGAAAAUCCGUUAUACCAUUAACAGCGAAAUUUAACGAAUGUCUCAGCGAUGAAGAACCAAAGGAAAAUGAUUCGCCCACAGAUACGGAUACCGAUAACACCACAGAUACCAUUAAAUCUAUGGGAUCGAAGCAUUCACUCGAUUCUAAUGAUUUAUAUCCCUAUACUACGUAUCGAUCUAGUCUACUCAAACCCACACAUCAGUCGUGGUAUUUUGAAUAUGACAAUGAGUUAUCAAACGAAAAUAAAUUUUAUCCUUACACCAUAACGCCCAACAAACCUUCGAAUAGUUUUGUGCCAUUAACAUUAACAAGACCAUAUGCCGAUUUCGAUUUAAAUCUAUUGUUAUUGGCAAUAGAUGAAUUAAUACAAGAAUCUAAUCGCUUAGCCGAUCGAAUUGAAGUUAUGUCAAAAAAUCGUGAUCGUGUCAUCUCGGCGUCACAAGUGUUUGGAUUUAAGGAAAAAGUUAAAGAAUUUAUACCAAUUAUUUAUGAACCACCCUCGGAAUAUUGGUUGCCCAUAAUCGAGGAACAGGAGAAAGUUUUGGCUGAAUUGAAAAGUUUCAAAGGGGCUGAUAUUAAGAAAUUCGAACAUUAUAUUGAAAAGUUAGAUUAAACUUAUAAUACUGGUCAACAGUAUUUUUGCCGCUUUCUAAUUAAAAAAAUGCACUUACAUAUGUAUGUAAUUUGUUUGAAUUACCAGCACAAUAUUUGUGAUAAGAUCAAAGUUGAUUUUGAGUAUUAAUGCUGUAAAUUCAUGUUAAAAAUCCGCAAACAAGUGAAUAAAUAUUAUUAAA